UUAUGUUCCCCUCAGGCUGCAGUUCUCAGCAGUGCCUAAACGAAGGCGUCUGUGCACAGAUCGACAUGGCCGCCUGAUCAGUGUUUCUACAAACGUGUGUUGCCUUUUGUGAGACUAAACUUGGGAAUCUAUCCAGAACUGCAAAGGAUCUGGAGUUUUUUUGUUGUUGUUUACGGGAAUACAGCGAUUGGCAAAAGUUUCAAAAUGCAGCCUCCUCCGAGAAAGGUGAAAGUCACCCAGGAACUGAAGCACACUCACACAGAGCAGAUGAGUCGGCUGCAUAUCAAGCAUCAGGCCGACUGUGACUUACUGGAAGAUCUCAGGACUUACAGUCAGAAAAAGGCAAUUUUAGAGAAGGACUACGCUCAGGCUCUGCAUAAACUGGCCUCACAGUAUCUGAAGAGGGAUUGGCCUGCUGUCCAGUCAGAGAAUAAAGAGCACAGGCACAUCUGCACGGUGUGGAAGGCCUACCUGGAGGGCAUGGUCCAGGUGACCCAGAGUCGCCUCAACGACUGCGACAGCUACAGGAGUCACGUGUGUGAGCCCAUCAAGACCUUCAGACUUCACAAGGAGCAGCAGCUGAAGAGGUGUGUGGAGCAGCUGACCCGUAUCCAGGCGGAGCUGCAGGACACGGUGAAAGAUCUGACCAAGACCAGGAAGAAGUACCAGGAGACGGAGCAGAUGGCCCAGGCCGUGAGGGAGAAGGCCGACAUGGAGGCCAGGUCUAAGCUCAGCCUUUUCCAGUCCAGAUCUAGUUUAAAGCGGGCCAGUGUAAAGUUGAAAGCCAAGAGGAAUGAAUGUAACUCCAAUGCCACCCAUGCUAGGAAUGACUACUUGCUUAUGCUGGCGGCUGCAAACGCCCAUCAGGACCGCUACUAUGAGACUGACCUCAUCAACUGCAUCAACGUUCUGGACGGCAGCAUCCACGACCACGUCAAGAGCUAUCUGCUUUCUCUCUGCCAGACGGAGCUUAGCGCCUCACAGGCCAUUCACAACACGUUCAGCUCCCUUCUGGAUAAGUCCAACCAGGUGAUGCAUGACUACCAUCAGACGCUCUUUAUCCAGGAGAAUACCACAUUUCAGAAAGCCCCACCCCUUCAGUUUCAGCCCUGUGAAAGUGACUCGGUCAGACACCUGCUGAAGGAGAUGGGCACGGCAGAGGAGCACAGUCUGAAUAAGGAGGCGCGCAAGUGGGCCACUCGCGUAGCCAGAGAACACAAAAACAUCAUCCACAACCAGCGGACUCUGGCCGAGUGCGAAAGUGCGCCGCCAUCAAACGAGCAGAGCAACAACGAGCUGGAGCUGAAGAUGGAGGAGGCGAAAGAGAGCAUCAGGAAAGCGGAGACGGUAAAGCUGAAGGCUGAGGCCCGUCUGAACAUGCUGAGGGAGGUGGGCGUUGUCGUGGAUACCUGGCUGAAGAGCGCCAUGAACCAGGUGAUGGAGGAGCUGGAGAACGAGCGAUGGGCCUCCCUCAAUACCCACGAUGCAUCACUCUCCGGCACAGCUGAUUCAGAGCGAGAGGAUGAUGAGGAUGCAGAGGACACUGAGGCGUUAGACGACAGCAGCUCCAGUCCCUCCAGCACGCUGCGGAGCUACCCGCUCACCUGCAAAGUGCUGUACUCUUAUAAGGCGUCCCAGCCAGAUGAGCUGACCAUUGAGGAGCAGGAGGUGCUGGAGGUCAUUGACGAUGGGGACAUGGAGGACUGGGUCAAGGCCAAAAACAGGGCAGGUCAGGUGGGGUAUGUACCUGAGAAGUACCUGCAGCUGCCCUCGUCCAACAGCCUGAUGAGCAUGCUGCAGUCCCUGGCCGCCCUGGACACCAGGUCCCACUCCUCCAGCAACUCCACCGAGCAGGAGCCGGACGUCACCGUCACCGCCCCCUCCAACGCUGUGCCCAACGGUGACGCCAGCGCGGUGACCUUUGCCAAGGCGCUCUACGACUACGAGGCUCAGACGCAAGACGAGCUGACCUUCCCCGAGGGCGCCAUAAUCCGCAUCCUCAGCAGGAACGAGGACGAUGGCUUCUGGGAGGGCGAGUUCAACGGCCGCGUCGGAGCCUUCCCCGCCGUGCUGGUGGAGGACCUGACCGCUGUGGAGAACGGAGAAGUGUCUCCCUGGGGUGCAGACUUACAGGUGUCAGGUGCCCCGUCCUUCCAGAGCCCGCAGACCACGUCUCCUCCGACUGCCCACAGCAGCCCCAUCUCCCUCAGCCCCCUCUCCAGUCUCCAUGGGCCUCCAGCUCCAGCAUCAGCACCGGCACCGGUACCCUCCCCGGCCCCUCCUUCGGCUCCGCCCUCCCCCUACACAGGCCCACCCACCACUCCUGGGACGCCUGUGACCCCCGUGACCCCCGUGACCCCUGUGACCCCCGUGACCCCUGUGAUGCUGGCCACCCCCCCGUGCCCGCCACCGCCCAGCUCCAGCUCGGUGAACGGCUACCACCGACCGCCGCCACCCCCGAUGAAGACCUCCGGUCACGGCCACUCCCACGGCUCCACCCCACCACCCAGAUACCCAUCAGAGGGCGUGGCCGGGACCUUCAGACCAGUGCGAGCAGCCCCGCCGCCCCCUCCCCCCAAGCAGCAGGCUCAGGGUCAGGUGCAGAAGAGAGAGGAGGUGGAGGUCACACUGGUGUGAGGAUUCCGGGCACCCCACCCUGCCUUUAGCGCCACCAUCACAGUCACCAUCGUCACCCCUUAACCCCGGCAUUGAUCCUGACCUCUGACCCCUGACAUCGGUCCUUCCUGUCACCUGGCGUUGGCCCCUCUCACCCCUGGAAGUGGCAUUCUGGGUCUAUGCAGGCAGGCACUGCUGCUAGAGUCUAGCUUCCUAGGCGUUAGGAGGGGAAUGGAGUCAACACCAGGGCCUGUGUGUGUGUGUGUGUGUGUGUGUGUUCGUGUGUGUGUGUGUGUGUGUGUGUGUGCAUCUGUGUGACCUCGAUCAAGGCUCAGAUGACUGGAAGGUGAUGAUGACCUCUGCCUUCACCUUUUUGACCCUUUAACUAUGACCCUUCCAUUUCUACUAUCUCCUAAACCUCUGAUCCAGUUUCCCUACAUUCCUGAUGUUCCUGUGAUUUCUGUCCUCUGUUGUUGUUUGACUAUCAGUGGGGGACUUUGACAAGUAGCCGUUGAAGACGCACACAUGAGGAGGGUCCUUGGAUGAAGGGGGGGGGGGGGGGGGGGUCUGCGGGGUAAGCACAGAAUGGACUAGAUCUACAGGCUGACCGGAACUGGGCUGGGACUAGUAACACCUGAUCUAAGAGGAAGAGACAUUCUAGAGAGCACCUUUAUGGCCGGGCGGUUAGAUCUGAUUUGUUGCAGGAACACUUUCCAUACAUUCCAGUGGCUGGUAGCUGCCCACCACCAGUGACUGGUCCGGUCUCCACCAGCGACUGGCCAGUUCUCCACAGCUGACUGGUCAGUUCUCCACCAGCGACUGGUCAGUUCUCCACAGCUGACUGGUCAGUUCUCCACCAGCGACUGGUCAGUUCUCCACAGCUGACUGGUCAGUUCUCCACCAGCGACUGGUCAGUUCUCCACAGCUGACUGGCCUGGUCUCCACAAGCUGAAGAGCCGGAACAAGGGUGAGGAUCAAGAAAGGCUUGAGGCUGGAACCUCAACGACACCUCAGAAAGAGAAGGGAAAUGUGGCAAUUAGAAAGUUCAUGAUUUCAUGGAUUUAUACAUAAAUUCAUACAUACAUACAUAUACAUACAUAUAUAUAUAUGUGUAUGUAUAUACUGUAUGUGUGUGUGUGUGUGUGUGUGUGUGUGUGUCUGCGUGUGUUCUAGAAAAUGCUUCAGUGUGUACAUGUCUAUAUUUGAACUAACAUUUAAGCUAAACACAAGACUCACAUGUUUAUUAGCUUUUUUUGUUUUAUUAAUUGUUUUUAAUACUGUUGGUUUAUAUUAGGAUGAGAUGUUUAGGAAUUUCUGAAAUAGAUGCAUCAUUUGGAAAAGUUUUAGUCUGUUCUCUUAAGCACUUUUAAUCUUCAAUUCGUUACAGUAUUAGUGGCUUUGGUUCUCUUCAGUUAUGGAGAUGUUGUAAGUCUAGUAUCUUUCAUUUUCAUUGUGUUUGUAUAAUUUAUUUUCUCAGACUUAGUAAACGUUUAAGAUGAAUUGAGAGCAAGAGACAGCUGAUAAUGCCUUAAUAGUUUGUGUUUAUGGGUUUGCUUGUGGAUUGAAUGAAAAAACGCCUUAAAGCCUCAGUGUUUCAGAGUGCACAACAUUAUUUUAGACGGAAACAUAUUUGGAUUCUUGAAUAUGGGGAGGGGGGCUGUUUUACUGGUAGAUACGACCUUGAUCUCUUUGAUGUCUGAAUGUUUUGUUCUCUGUAGCCUAGUCCCCCUUCUGCAUCAGUAUUGAUGUUUUUUGUUAACGCUUAAUGGCCGCCUUACACCAAACAACUUUGGCAAGAUUUGGGAAAGAUUCAGCAAAGAUUGGAGUCUUUUGAGUAAAGCUUGAAUGGGAGGCAUUAGUUAAAAGACUACAAUCUUUCAAGAAUCUUUCCCAAAUCUUGUCAAAGUUGUUUGGUGUAAGGUGGCCAUUAGUGAGAUUGUGGCAAGCCUUACAGAGAGUUUUAUUCUUCAUUCUCAGUAUUGCAUUCCACGCUGCUAGGAGUGUCCGUACCCAUGAUGUCUCUACAACUAUGUCAGAAAAAAAAGUCAUGUAUGUCUAAGUUGUGUUUGAAAUGUGUAUCUACCUUGUACAAAUCAAAAUAAAUUUUAUGAAAGAAAUAGAA